GCGACACUUCUCUUUCCUGAAAAGCUUUAGCCCACAAGCAUGGGAAGCGGUACUGUCGGUUCCGGCGAUAGCUAAGGCAGUGAGCGCAUCACGAGGAUUCAAGACUUCUAAUGGGUACCUGACAUCAUCGGAGAUCCGGUCAUCUGGCGGUGGGAGCAACUCCAACUCUGCUUCGAGAACUUCAUCCAGCUCUUUUUACAAAAAACAGAUGAUGAAUGCCAAUGCGAUUAGUAUCCAACAACAUGGCGGCAUUAGUAGUAGUACUUUGAACAACAACAGUGCUGCAAAUAACGGAUCCUCAUCGGCUUCGACCUAUUUCAUUUCUGCGUGGUUGCGUAUAUUCUGGAAAAGCCUAGACAAGCAAGCAUUUGCCCAGCUAGUUCAGGAUAACGUUGCUGCUUUACAGGACUUAAUCCGUCAACCUGACGAGUGGAGGCUUUUCCUGUUGUACACCAUAGUGAAUGCAGAUUUAUCUUCUUGUUUGAGGACGAGCGGUACCGCUAGUAAUGCCAGCAUCGGCAUCGGGAGAGCUACCGACGCACCUCCUGCUAGUGGUAAUUAUACCCUUUCGGGAACUACUUCUAGUGCUGGUACAACGGGGACUCCUACUAGUACACGGCUAUUGGACCACGCGAGCAUGAAUCCAAAGGUGCCAGGCAGAAGCGGCCAUCGACGCAAGUCUGCUUUAGAAUCAACAUCUUGUUCCAGGCGAGGACAGAAUGCUGAACAUGUUGGAAGCACGACUACUUCUUUCAGUAGUAGUAGAAACCCGAGUUGUACGACCAGGAACUCAUCUUCGCCAGCAAAUGAUGCAUCCACGACUACUUCAAGCAAUAUUAAGGGUAGAUUAGAGGUGUUUUGUUACCGUUCGGUUUGCCUUCCUGAAGGGGAAAAGGCAUAACGAACGGCGUACACGAACACCAGAAGCCUACCUCUAACAAUACACCACACCAGAGAGACAAACUACAUCAUGAUCAGCAGGAUCCAGACCAAGCCGCAUACGCUGUCCGCAGGCUUCUAACCGAUGCAGACGUUCUGUUCUCCCAGUCAGUUGAGUUUCGCAGUGUGCAGACGCGAAUUUUCUACAAAGAGGUACUGGAAAACGCGCACCUCUCGGACCUUGGGCCUAGAUACACGCGCGAAAUAUUGGACAGUUGGGGCUGUGGCUUAGCGGAUUACGAGAGAAACGAAAUGCUGGGAGUAGAAAAUCCUAGUGGUACAACGACUCAGGAGCAUCGACAGCCAUUCCGCACAUCUGGUAUGCUACGUUAUGACCUCAAAAUUGGCGACAAUUCAGAUUCUCUUUCCUUAAGUGGCUCCAUGCCUUUGCAGUCAGGGUCCUCAUCUGGUACAUCAACAUCUUCUAGUUCAUCUACAGCCCAAAAAGCAUCCGGUGGACGUGGAACUACUCAUGAGAUGAGUCAUCUUCAACGUGGUCGUGAUUUGCCUUUCCUAAGGAUAGGUCCAUGGAUCUACAGUCACCGGCGUGACCGCGACGUUGAAUACCAGGGUUUGAGCAAGGUUGAAGGCUUGCUGAAUUUUGCGUUACAGCAAAGUCGAAGGAAGAGCACUGCAGGUUCAGGAGAACAAGCGGCAGCUUCUCCAGGGAACAAUACUAAAGAGAACGUGACUGGAGGUUCUACAUCAAGAGCGUCGAGUCCAACAGCGGAAAUGUGCGCUUUCAACCCGAGGAACGGAAAUGCCAAUGGUCACGCUCAUGCUCCCCAACAUCUCCCAGUUACGGGUUUUGUAAAGCUUGCGUUGAAUCGGACGCCGUGCUUGUCUUGUUUGGGGGCUAUUGCCAAUUUCCGGCUUCGCUACCGAGGAAUUCAACUCCAGAUUGGCUUUGAUGAGACUGAGAAACGAUUUUAAAGAAUUGGAAUCAAUAUUUAGGAAAGACCACGACAUUUUCCUUUUGAGAAUACAACACAUAUUGAUGAUCUUGAAGAUACGACUCAAGAAGAACAUCGUAUCAAUUUUCCCGUCAUCACAUGUCUUUUUGCUCUCUCUACUUCAUAUCGUUUCGACUCAGAUCUUCAUUUAUCUUUCUUGUCAGCAUCAUAGCUUGGAAAAAUUGGAUUUGCGUUGUAAAAGCAGCAACAGCCACAUGUCUUACUAGAAUUUGGAAAGAACACUAGAGUGCUUCGUGCAGACGCUUCAAGAAGUGACUGAUCAGAUGCAG